UCGUGUGGCACACGGGGCCAGGAAUAGGUGUGUGGCCAGAGAAAUUGGUAAAUUAUUUCUGCAUUUCCCAGAAAAUUAGAAAAGCACACGGCACCGAAAGGGAUCCCAACAUUUUCGAGCCUCAUCCAUGGCAUCUCUUCUCGCCAACGGUGUUUCAAGCUUCUCUCCGCAACCUAGUUGCGAAUUGAAACUCCCGAAGGGGUUCUGUCCGAAGCUUGAAGCUCCUAAAUUUCCAAUUUCAAAGGUCAAACUCAAAAGUGGAGGGCUUCUGAAGAUUCGAGCUGAUGUUGGUUACGAUCUCAGUUCCUCACCGGGUAAGUCCUCGUCUUCAACCCUCAGCUCUGAUGAGAAGAUUCGAGAAAUUCUCCGCAAUCGCGACUACGAUAAGAAAUUCGGUUUUACUUUUGAUAUCGACUCGUUUUCGAUUCCCAAAGGGCUCUCGCAAGAGACAAUCCGAUUAAUUUCUACCUUAAAAGAGGAACCCGAUUGGAUGCUCGAGUUUAGGUUGAAUGCUUUUGAGAAAUUCUUGAAGAUGAAAGAGCCUAAGUGGUCGGAUAACAGAUACCCGCCCAUUGACUUUCAAGACAUAUGCUAUUAUUCUGCGCCCAAGAAGAAGCCCGCUCUGAAAAGCCUAGACGAAGCCGACCCAGAACUUCUCAAGUACUUCGAGAAACUGGGCGUCCCUUUAAAUGAGCGAAACCGUUUGGCUAAUGUUGCCGUCGAUGCUGUUCUGGACAGCGUAUCUAUCGCAACGACGCAUAGGAAGACACUGGAGAAGGCGGGCGUUAUCUUUUGUUCUAUAUCUGAGGCUAUUAGGGAGUAUCCAGAUUUGGUGAGGAAGUAUUUAGGGAGAGUUGUGCCUAGCGAGGAUAAUUACUACGCAGCUCUGAAUUCAGCAGUGUUUAGCGAUGGAUCAUUUUGUUAUAUUCCUAAAGACACCAAAUGUCCUAUGCAGAUUUCAACGUACUUCCGAAUCAAUGCAUUGGAAACGGGACAAUUUGAGAGGACUUUGAUAAUUGCGGAUGACAGGAGUUUUGUGGAGUAUUUGGAGGGCUGUACGGCACCUUCUUACGAUAGGAACCAGCUUCAUGCUGCUGUUGUAGAGUUAUAUUGUGCCGAAGGUGCAGAAAUUAAGUACUCAACUGUGCAAAAUUGGUAUGCUGGGGAUGAGGAAGGGAAUGGGGGGGUAUACAAUUUCGUCACAAAACGAGGCCUUUGUGCUGGGGCUCGCUCUAAGAUAUCUUGGACACAAGUGGAAACAGGAUCAGCCAUUACGUGGAAAUAUCCAAGUGUUGUUUUGGAGGGAGAUGAUACUGUUGGCGAAUUUUAUUCUGUUGCUCUGACAAAUAAUCAUCAACAAGCAGAUACAGGAACGAAGAUGAUACACAAAGGGAAGAAUACAAAGAGUAGGAUUAUCUCAAAGGGCAUAUCGGUUGGCAAUUCAAGGAACUGUUACAGAGGGCUUGUUCAGGUUCAAUCAAAAGCAGAGAAUGCUCGAAAUUCCUCCCAAUGUGACUCAAUGCUCAUUGGUGAUAAGGCAGCAGCCAAUACCUAUCCUUACAUACAGGUUAAAAACCCCACCGCAAGGAUUGAACAUGAAGCUAGUACCUCCAAAAUUGGUGAAGAUCAAUUAUUUUACUUUCAACAGAGGGGAAUAGAGUACGAGAAAGCCAUGGCUGCUAUGAUAUCUGGCUUUUGCCGUGACGUAUUUAAUGAGCUUCCUGAUGAAUUUGGUUCUGAGGUGAACCAGCUAAUGAGCCUGAAACUUGAGGGGUCCGUAGGUUAAGCAGUUUGUGAGGAUCAAAAUUACAAGUUCUUGAAAGGAAACUUGUUAGGGCCAGCGCUCGAAUUUUGAUCGUAGGAAGUCUUUAACGGUAUUGCAGACGAAAAAGUAGUGUAAAAGGAAGGAAUUAUAGACGAUGUAAAUAGGUGGUCUCAGGUUGUGUGGCGCAGGAAUCAUGACUAUGUAUCAAAUCUCAAUAAUUUGAUGUGUUCGUGGCGGGAAUGUGUUGCGUGGCAUAGCCGAUCAUUGUAUAAGCCGCAUUAUGUAUAACUUAUAUUUUGUGUUUUUUUUUUUUUUGCCAUAAAUUAUAUAUAUCGAUUCAUAUUUUAGGUUA